CCGAUUGCUCGGACGGUUCGCAGCGCAACGCAAAGCCCCUUCUCUCUCGAUACAUAUAAGUUCAUAACCAGCCAUGAGUGUAGCGACGUGGCUGGACGAAACAUCGCUCGCAGAGCCGACGAAUCUGUCCCCGAUCCCCAACGGAAAACCACGGGCGGGCAGGCGGAAACUUCAUUUGCCACCUCUUCCCAAUGGCGGAACCACGAUUGAGCAGGCACGAGGACGGGCGGGCGGGGAUGGUUUACCGUCAAAAGAUGAUCAGGUCAUCACAUACUUAAGGAGAAAAAAGCGGAUCGUGACCAAUGUCUGCUCCAUCGAGAAGCGACUCAUGUACCGAAAGCUGCGAAACAACCGAUAUGGAUUUCCUCUCGAAACCAUGCUCCCACGACUGCGUGCGGGAGACAUUCUAAGCUUCGUUCCGGAAACAAGCGUUAUGGACAAGACGGGCAUCACGUCUCUCAUCAACAGAGGAUUCUUGCCAGCUGAUGCAGACUACUCGCCAGUGCUGUCGAUUGAUUCAACGGCAUUACAGUUGGACAAACAGACUUACGGGUCAUUAGAGCACAUCAUGUCGUUGAACAAACCCCCGUCGAAGUUCGACUACCUGAGACUGGUGCCGCUGACUCCGCCCCAGCCUCCGGAAGAGCCACACGUGAACAGGCAGUUCCCAAAAACGAAGAAAACGAGGACAACGGCAGCGUUAGAUGCACAUUGGAACCACACCGGGCCCGCUCUGCGGCCACGUUUCAAGAUCGUCCUUGACGUCCCGCUUGAGACAAAGCCUCAUCCGACGGCCACGCCCCCGCCAUCGCAGUUGGCCCCCUCGCGAGAUGAGAAUGCACCUUUCACGUCUACGUACAAUCUGUUCACGAUCGAACAGGAAAGGGUCAACACAGCGCGACUGAUUGCUGCGUCUCGGAAAGGACCGGUGUUGACGGUGCAAGGGGGCAAAAUCGUACGACAUGUGCCGGUGUUUGCGAAAUUCCAAAAGUCGUGUGAAGAUAAUUGGUGUGCUGUAGAAUGGGUCCUGGAAAAGAUCGAGGACUUGAUGCAGCAGUAUGCUGUCCCUUACACGGAAAUCAUUAGCACUCAUGUGAAGGAGCUGGCGCAAGCACCACUGGGCCCGCACGUUGACCGGAAUGCUAUUCUAGACUGUCUGGUUAACUCGGCGGAGGUGCAACAAAUCAUGACAACUGACGGGCAACGCUUUCGUGGAAAGGACGGCCACAACAUGGCGGCCGGCAAGAUCCAAGCAACAUUUAAGAUGUGGAUCAUGCGGCGCAUGCAAUUCUGGCAUUUGGAGCGCGUACGAGCAGCUGGUAUAUUCUUGAAGUAUUGGAAGAUCAAGAUGAUGCGCCGUGAUGUGCAACUACAAGCGAAGGUUCAAUAUGAGAAGGUACAUGUCCGCCGAUUCCAUCGAUUGAUGUCGACCCUCAAACACGAAAUUGGUAGCGUGGCGACGCAUAAACGCACCUACAUACAAUUGGUUCCUUCAAAAGUACUGGGAGACCUACACGAGAUGGGGGCGGACAUCAACCUCGGAAGGGCGCAUUUCUUGGUAGACUCCCUUGCCGAGACCAUUUUCGUCACCUCGUACGUGGACGAGGAAAGGAUCGAUCGGUUUCGAAAGACUUUAGGGUCCGGAUUCCCGGAUCACAAUCCGUUGGACGAGAACCGCAUCCGUUUCGUUGUUCCCGAAGCUGGGCCAUGCUUUCCUGCAGAUGCUCCGAUAGCAUCAAUGCUUAUAUGCAGUCGCCGCGCUCUGGCGAAUUUGAAACGGAUGUGUCAAGGAAAGAAUGCGAUACUGCUCUGCGAUGUGAUUGGGGAGGCUGAAGUACGCCUUAGCUCGGUGCUGGGGAUCCCUGUCCUGGGACCAACACUGGACGCCUACGAAAAGUACCUGAGCAGUAGAGGGCGAACGCGCGAAUUCCUUCGCAGCAUCGGAGUACCGGUUGUUCCAGCUCUGACCAGCCACGCCAUAAAUGAGAAAGAAGUGCAUACUCACAUCAUGAAGUGCAUGUCGAUGUUCCCCGAAGUCCCUCUUUGGACAUAUAAUGCAGAUCCAUCGAUGAAGAGAGUGGAGACGCAUGAGAAUGACGGGCCGUGGGCGACUUUAGAUACCGAUCACGUCUCCUUUGUACCGGAUUUGUAUGAACCGAGUCAGCCUGUCUCCGAAAAGCCGUCGAAACCGGGUACUGCAACCGGAGGCUGCCCUACAGCAAUAGAUGGUUUCAACCCGAGAAGCCGGCCAGUCACCGCUCCAGAAAGUGAACCGCCGGAACGCCCAUUCACGGCCACCACAGCUGGUCUGGGCGGCUCGCGGCCUAGGACCGCGAUGGCUGGCUCCAUCGCUGCCAACAUGUCGAGAGCGCGCGAGGAGGUUCCACUGAAAGUGCGAGUAGUUUACCCGUCGGGGACUUGGCCAGGUCUGAUUGAGCGAUGGUUGAAAGGCGGGGCGUACAUUAUGGGUUAUCCGACGAGUGAUCCACGGGAUGUCCGCCAGGUGCAUGUGGGCAUUGAUUUGAGCCCAUCCGGUCGAUGGAAACCAAUAUGCGUGGCGCAAGUGCUGCUCAAUCGUCAUAAGCUGACCUCAACGGCUGUAGUGAUACAACAUGGGGAGGCCAAGAUACACGAGGAUUUAAAGCCAACGUUGGAUAAGAUCGCUGAAGCCUGCGCUGAGAAGUCCAUUGUGGGUCUUUUGACCAUCGAGUUUCUGACCUGGGAUACUGGAGAUGUGCACAACUAUUGGGCAUGUCAUAUCAGGCCACACCUGAGCGCAGCUCUUUUGCGCGCUGCCACCGUUCUGCUGGCUACUGGCUGCAAAACGGAUUUGAAGGAUUGGAAGGCGAAAUUCUUGCGGCAGGACGUACCUUUACACGUGCGCUUCGCACAAGGUGCCCGGUUCAUGGAUCAGUCUCGGAUACGACCCGACUUCCAUUCAAAGAAGAUACUAUCUGUGGGGAUUGCGGAAUCACGGGCGUCAAUUUACCUACACACGCUGGAGCAUGGCCAGGUCGGAGUGAUGACCAGAAAAGCCGCUGCAACUGCUUUGAAGCUGAGCGGCGUAGAUUUUGAUAUUUGGACACGCACUGGAACUUUGUUUUUCGAGCAAGAUGCUCCUUGGCGUGGAGUGCUGGCGCAUGCAGUGGUCGCGAACGACUACAACACAGCAUUAGAUAAUUGCAUAUUGGGCCUACUGAAAAUGAAUCAAUAUCUUGAUGAGUGUGCCGCCGAAUGUACAGAUAUGGAGACCUACAAAAACAACUUCCUGGCUGUUGCCUCACGGCUCCUGUACGAGGCCAAAGCCCACAAAGGGCCUCGCGCAUCGGUAACAGAAGAGCCAGGCGAUGCUAGUGUGUAUCUGAAGGAAGCAUAUCGAGAUCUCGGUUUACUGCCACCGGCCACGGUGCAAGAAGAGCUGGAAUUGUUUGCAGCUGUGUAUGGUAGCAGCUCAAACAUCAGAGGAGGGCAUGCGAAUGAUGAGGAUGCAGAUUCUGAAACAGAAUCCGAUGCGGAUGAUUUAGAUUUGGUGAAUGCUAGAGGCGGAAAGGAAAUGCUCGAAAGAGCGACUUCGGCGAGAGCUACGUCGGUCGGUGAACUAUCAACCCUGAUUGGACGGUUCUACCGUGUGACGAAAGUCGAGCGUCUUCGGCCUACAAGUGCUGCGCUAAGGCGUAGGCAAGAAGCAGCGAAUCUCAGAAAAGCACUGCGUGCGGCUGGAUUCAGCUCUACCACGACAGCGCUCUUGAACGAAGACAUCUCCUCUGAUUUUGCCGCACGACAUGAUGAGACAUUCGCAAAUCCACCAUUGAGCCCACCUUAUGUGAGAAAAAAGCAAGGAGGAAAGGGCGAGGCUGGAAGGACAAAGCGGGCCCGAGAACUUUUGGAAAAGAUGGAAACGGAAAUGGACAAACAGCUCAAGAGAGGCAUCGUCCCGGAGGGGCCCGUCUAUAGGAUGAAAAUAGUUGAAGAGGUUGAUCCUAGGGACGCGAUGAUGGCUGCAGCACUCCUCGAAGGUGAAGGGCCUAUUCUCCCUCCGAAACAGCCCCUCCCACCGAUGCCAGAACUUGUAGACGGGGAUUUCGCUGACGCGGAGGUGGUGCCUAAUCCGGCGGUGCGGAGCUCUGCGUUCGGGCUGAAUCAUAACCUCGACGUGGAGCAAGUGCUCGGAAAGCUUCGAGACGUUGCCGACCGUGGCGAGCGGUUGUCGAGCUAUUUAGAUGAGAAGAUGCUGGAAAGCGAGAAGAUCUUAAGGCGUCACCAUGCCAAGCAUCUGGAGUACAUUGAGAAAGGGAAAUCAGAUGCUGAGGCGAGAGAGGCGCAAAGCCAAGCCUUAAAACAACGGAAUAACCCGCGUCGGCGACCAUCUCAAGGGCCUAGGCAAAAGCUUCAAGGUCUCAGCGAAGCGAAGUCCGUCGAUGAGCUUCUGCCCGGAAAGUUUUCGAAAGCCAAGUAGGAGGCGAACGAGUUUGACCGUCCGCCUGCUUCGUAGAAAGUAGACUGCCUAGACGGGCCAAGUAUACAGACAUCUGAGACGAUGAUAGUCGAUCGUAGAUACCAUCUCGCAUAGCACGUUCCGUAGAUCAACAUAACAUCAGGCUUCAGCUAGUACUAUUUAGUGAACAUACUGCAACGCAUCAUUUCUGUAU